AUGGGAAUCAAACUGGAGCACUUUGACGGAAGAAUACCGAGUGAAUUUAUCUGCUCUCAUUGUCACGAUGUUUUUCUUCAACCCGCUGUUUUGUCUUGUCUGCACAUGCUGUGUAUAAAGUGCUACAAGAAAAGAAUGAGACGAAGAUCGCCCGUUUGUCCUGUGUGCAGAAAAGAUCUACGUCUCCAUCACAUCGAGGGCAAGAUUGACACUGAAUGGAAAAAACGUUAUGAUAACUUGAAAAUCAAUUGUCCAAAGGGCUGCGAAACUGUGCAGUUGCUUGGGGGUCUUGAUGAUCAUUUCACUAAUCACUGCCCAUUAUCCUUUACACUUUGCAUCAAUAUUGGUUGCAGAAAGAAAGUUCGGCGAAGAGAUCUCUCUUUACACCUCGAACGGUGCGACUUUAGAUUUGUUCAAUGUGAAGGAUGCGGAUUUAGAACAAAGUAUAUUAAUCUACGAAUGCAUCAAAUCGUUCAAAAAUGCAUGAUAAGAAAUAACCUGCAUAUGAUAAUGCAAAACAGACGCGAAAUGGAAACGCGUGUAAAAGAACAUCGUUUGAAAUUGCAGGAAGAAAGCCUCAAAAUAGAGCUCGACGAACGUGACUUGGAUCGAACGAGAAUUUGGAAUGCCAUCUCUAGAAAUGAAAUUUCAAGAGCAACGACCCGAAGUCCCGCUAGAGAAAAACGUUCUCCUGAACUCACAGAUAAGGAUAAUGCUUCAUACAGCAGAGUGGUUCAUAGUGCCCCAGUGAGGAGCACCACUACAAUGCUAUGUGACAAUUGCAAUAAACUUUUUAGUGAGCAUCGCAACCAUGGUGACGCUUGCAGGUGGCACAAAGGGGUAGGUCGAAGCCUAAAGACACCUAAGGUCCUGUAUAUAUGGGGAAAAGUAAUCCAGGGUAGGUUAGGGUAG